UCUACGAUUCAAAGUGGACAAAAAUCUUCAUUCUAUAUCUAUCAUAUACAUAGCUCGUGGUUUUAACUUAUUUACUAAUGGCGACUAAUUUAUGGUUGAAACGCAUUCAAAAUGCCAAAAAGACCGCAAUCAUACAAGAUGGUAGGAGGAAAGUACAUUUUUUAAUGGAAGAUGGUAAAGAAAUGGUAGAAGAAUAUCAUAUGGAUACAAAUGUAUUAGUACGCAGGGCAUGGAAAGAGAAAGGAAAUUUUGUUAAAAAUACUGAUUGGAUUGUGGAAAUAGGAGAUCCAGAAAUUAAAAAGAAUAAUAUAGAAACUUAUGGGAUACAGGAAAGUUCAAGCACUCCAUUUAUUACUAGGAGAAUUACAAAAACUGCUUUGGAGUGGAGAAUUAGAAAUUUACCUUAUCCAAUAUCAGUAUAUUCGAUAACAGCAGAGGACGAUGGUACUAUUACUAUACGUACAAGCAACAAAAAAUAUUUUAAAAAAAUAAAAGUUCCAGAUUUAGAGCGUAUUAAUUUAAAACCUGAACAGGAUAGAAUUACCUAUACUCAUCAAUAUAACACUCUUAUUAUCACGUACAAGAAACCGCCUGCAUUAUUGGACUUGGAGAAAAAAAUAUUAAAUGAAAUUUUACCAUUAAAAGCAACAAAGGAAGGAGAAGUACAAUGCCCAACUAGUUAAUAAAAAUGAUUUUCUUAAUAA